GCCCGCGCAAAAAACGAAACCAACAAACGACAACAGCCAACACAAGCAACAACAGCAACCAGAUGACAGAGAAGUGCACGGCUGAUGGUGUGCGAGACGGACGAGGACGAGAAAGGUUAAUAAGUGAUGCACCAACGAUGCUGUCCCCAGCACCACCGUCAUCAUCAACAUCACCAGCAACAGCAGGGACAGCGGCACCUCCGCUGCCUCCUGUACCUCCACCCCCAUCCAAGUUGAAGAAGCUCAAGAAGAAGAAGAAGAAGACGAAGAAGAACAAAACCGAGAAGGAGAAAGACCACGAGCAUGACAAGACGCUCAAGGAAAACGUAGCAAGGCGGAAGGAACAACACCCGCACCACAAAGAAGAGCAGCACCUACAACAGCAGAACCUACACAACGCUGAGGUGGCGACGACCACCAAGCUUACGAGUUGUGGAAAUGAAAGCCUCAACCACACAGCAACACCUGCACCGACGAUACGAACCCCACCACCACCACCACCAACAACAACAACAACAACAACAACAACAACAACAACAACAACAACAACGUGUGAUGUCACUCACGCUGACCCUGCUUCCAGCACAUUAGAAUCAUCAUCCACCAUCUCAUCGUCUUCCUCCUCAUCCACGACAGCAUCGCAGCCGACACUAUCACAAACCGUCUCCCCGAGCAAAGACACCAAUGACACGGCCGUGUUGAUUGCGAGCGCUGCGUCAACCCCUCGUGGCACAACCAACGAAGUCAUCACACUUCCGGACACGCCAGACGCUGAUAACCCCACCAAGCGCACAAAGCCUCUGCCCGAGCAGUCGAGCGAGCCAGUAGCACCCGUAACCGCAAGUGCGAGCACCAAACCAACGUCUGCAGAUGCGCGGCCACCUAACCCAGCACCGACAGCACAGCGGCAGCGGCGUCUCAUGGACAUGUUCAGUGCUCCAGACCAGGCAGCUGUGGCCGACAUCAGCGCCGAGAAUUCCCAGACCACCACAUCCAGUGCUACCACGAGCUCCGACAACACCAAAGCUGUGGUGCCAGAGCAGUCGUCGACCAGCCCUGGCGCUAACACGGAUCUAUCCCUCACGCCCCGUCGCAGAAGCGCUCGCUUGCGGCAAAACCAACAGCCACGGCAGCAAAUACAACGACAGGAACGGCAACAGCAGCAGCAGCAACAGCAAGAGCGACAGCAGCGACAGCAUCACAUUGUGGUGGAUGACUCGUCAUCAAACGACAGUGUCAGCAUCACGGGCGAGACGUCGUCACAGCAGCCACAGAAUGUGUUCCCGUUGUUCCUAAAGCAGAGCAGCAACACAGCGAGCGGGGGCGGCGGUGGCGGAAGACCGAAGAAGAAAAGGGCAAAGCGGGGAAAAGCAGCAGCCAGGGAUGCUGGCGGUUCUGUUCAUGACGGUGUUGAAGAUGAUGAUGAUGUUCAUGACGGUGUUGAAGAUGAUGUCGAUGACGAUGGCUCUGGACAAGGCAAGAAGCAUCAGAAGAACAAGAACAGGAAGGCAAACAAGGCAACGGCAACCAAGAAGAGGACAAAAGCAACAGCAAAAAAGGCAACAGGGAAAACCUCACGUGCACGCGGGAAACAGCAUGCAAGCGAUCGGCGUGGCUCUAACCAAUCCGACAGCAGUGAGGGCGGAAGUGGCGGCCCUGCUGCCGGUGCCAGUGGUGGUGAUGGCGACGACGACGGUGAUGUGGUUAUGCAGACGUCCGCACCAGCGCGCAUCGCCCCCAUCUUCCUGUCCGUGGCAGAGCGGAAGCGGAUGGAGAAGGAAGAGAGGCAGCAGCUGGCUGAAGCACGACUGAGGAAGCAGAUGGCCGAAGACAGAGCAGUCAUGCAGACCUUCUUCAAGGAUAAGCAAUCACUGAAAAUGCCCACUUUCCACCGGGAAAAGCUCGUGCGUGAGAUGAGCACGACCGCUCUCCGUGCCGGACCAGCGCCGUGGCCAACCCCAUCAAACGUCAUCGUGCCUGCACCAGAACCAAAGCCGUGGCAAACAACACCAUCGCCAUCAAUGUUGGCGUCCCGGUGGCAGCGGAAUGGCGGGAAAGCGCCAUGUUUGCACAUCGCUCGACAGACGCGUUUGGUGCUGGCCCGUGACCGUAAUCAAAGCACACAUGCAACCAUUACUAUUGAUGAUGAUGAUGACGACGACGGCUGUGGACAGGAGAGUGCUAUUGUUGUUGAUGACGACUUCACAGACAGCGUGACUGAUGCAACGGCGAUAAAUUGGCGCCAUCUAAUUCCGUCACCACACUACAAUCGCAUUGCAGCCAAUGCUCGCUCGCAACCGACACUCGACUGGGCCACGGCACUCGCCCCAACACACCCAGACGCCAUCGUCGGCAACAAACCCCAAGUUGGUACGCUGUUCACGUGGCUGGACGAGUGGAAGACGCGUUUGACGCGUGCACGCAACCGCUCUGCAGACACCACGAGCAGCACCACCGCUGAUGGCGAUGCACAUGACGAUGUGCUUGAGGACUUUGACGCCUGGGAUUCGACGGACGAUGAGAGCGAUAGUCAACCGAAACCGCGCGGCCGCAAAGCACCGCGGCGCCUCAAGUCUUUGCUGACCAUCACGGGACCAACUGGCUGCGGCAAAACUGCCUCCAUCCACGCAUGUGCGCACACCCUCGGCUUCCAAGUGCUUGAGCUCAACACGUCCAUGCUGCGAAGUGGGCGCGAGGUCACCCGCAUCCUGCAAGAAGCGACUCAGUCACAUCGCGUCUCCCGAUGCAAGUUCACUGCUGGUGCGCCCGACAUACACGCAGACGUGCAGCUCGCGCACGCCUCUGUUGUCGUCAUUGAAGAUGCUGACGUGCUGUUCGACGAAGACAAGGGGUUUUGGCCCGCAAUCAACUCGCUGGCACCAAGUGCAAAGCGCCCAAUCAUCCUCACAUCCAGCGGGGCGCGGCCGUGGCAGUCUGAGCUCCGGUUUGCGCCGCUUCACGAGCUGUCGUUCCAUCGGCCCCCGGCGGCGUCGUUGGCGCAGCACGGCAUGGCGGCCAUCCACACGCUCGCACGCACCGCGACGACUCGCAUUCAUGCAAGUAAUGGCGAUGGAGGCAGCGGUGCGGAUACAGGCGACUGCACAGUCAUCCCCGCCCUGUCGUCCGCAGAGAACAUCACCAUCCCAGACGAUGACGAUGGUAGCAGCAGCAGCAGCACCACCACCACCACCAGCAUACGCGUUGAGGGUGCUGUUGAAAAGGAAUGCAUUGGUGGGUCGGAAGGUGGGAGUGACAGCGCACAUGCUGUCUCGCCUGCACCAGCAUCUUGCCGUCGCCUAGGUUCUGUCAUUGUCAUUGGAACAACACAAGACUCGCAACAGAAGCGGCACACCACCGACACGCAUGUGUGUUUGCCGCCGGUGCAGGAUGUGCUGCACAUUGCAGAGGCGUGCCACUGCAGCAUCAAGCAAUUCUUCCUCACGUUGCAGUUGUGGACGCAAGGGCACUUCUCCCCGCACCUGUGUCGGCGUGUGCCGCUGUUGAUGUGCGGCUUGAACGUGUCGUGCAUGGAUGGGUCACCGCCACGCGCCGCCCGCUGUGAUGCGACAGAGGACCUUCGCCGCAGCUGCGAGCGCCUGUACAUCCUCGACUCGCCCACGGCGUUUGAGCUGCCACAAGUGCAGCAAUCGUCAUCACACCAGGACGAGCUGGCGUGGUUGCGCGCAGUUGCUCAUCACGCCGACACCAUGUCGCAGAUGGUGGAGACGGUGGGGUGGACAGAGCCGGCACAUACAUCGCCAGACGCAUUGGAAGCCCUCAUUCUCGCACACGGCCUCUCUUCCCGGCGCUGUGCAAAUGCUUGUGCAAAACAACGCGACCAGUCAUCAACGUCAUCAACAUUGUUGCACCACGCCAGUGACAAUGCCACGACAACACUCUUCAAUGUUGUGGAGGCGACACCCGCUGACGUCGUCGCCCAGAACUUCCGCACACAUGUGCAGCGGGCGAGUGCCCACAAUCCUCUCGUAACACCGCGGCAGUUGCUCAACCGGUCUGCCCUAUGUCUGGACACGCUGCCUGUGUGUCGGACGCUUGCGUUGACAGCAAAGCUUGCCGCCGCGCAGAGCCGCACACGCAAACGCAGCACACGAUUCCAACACACGAUCGGGGACACCAACGCAGACUGGCUGGCAGAACAGUGCAUGAUCGGUGAUACGAACACGUCGAGCAUGUCGCGGAUUGGAGCGCACUGGCCCGUGGAGAGGGAGCUGUAGUCAGUGGUAACGGCUGUGCUGAGUGGCUGGGGCGUGUGUGGAUACGGGAGGGAAGGAAGGAUGAUGUACUUGGAGUAAACGCACGCAUCAAG